UGUGAUUUGCGCAUAAUCUGUGUAGCUGACCGACUAUAUACAGCUGUUACAACUCAAAACUACAGGUAUGGUCUGAAGCUCAGAAGCCUGGCUGCGCGUUUCUGCGAGGGCGGCAGAUCGUCAAGCUCGCUUAUCACCACAUACGCCCCGGAGAUAGCAACAUGCACUACGCGCGACGUAUUGGCGCAGAUGCUACAAAAGCUGCUGAUGCCCCUCAUAUAGUCUUCUUAGAACAAGCUCGACUCCCCUUGUAUCUGCCAUGUCAGCACCAACGACGGAUCCACCAGCGAUAGGUACGCCGCUGGCGCGUACUUCUUCUGGCCGAUCAAGGACGACAGCAACAUUAACGAGCGACAAUGAGACAUCACGAAAAAGUGAAGAAGACCGCCAGGCUGUUUCGAACGGUGCGAUAUUGGACACCGAAAAAAGCAUCGAGACUGGCCAUGCUAGUGAACCUGCACCGGACAGGUUUCUUGUGGAGUUUGAUGGCCCCGACGACCCUGAAAACCCUAAGAAUUGGAAACCAAAGCGCAGAUGGGGUAUCACGAUAUCCAUGGGCCUGAUGGUAUUCACUGUCACAUUCGCUAGCUCCAUCUUCAGUGUCAACCUUGGCUUUAUCGUGGACAAGUUCGAUGUCACACUCGUUACCGCAACACUGGGUGUUGCCCUCUUCGUUUUAGGCUUCGUCUUCGGACCCAUUGCGUUUGGACCAAUGUCAGAAGUUCUAGGACGAAAGCUUCCACUGUUCCUUGGCUUUGCACUGUUUGCAAUCUUCCAGAUUCCAGUCGCACUUGCUCAGAACAUUGAAACAGUCUGCGUAGGCCGUUUUUUGGGUGGAUUUUUUGCUUCAGCUCCUCUCGCUGUCGUUGGAGGAGCCCUUGCUGAUCUGUGGGACCCCAUCCCCCGAGCAUACGCUAUAUGUGUCUUCGCAACCGGCGGGUUUGCAGGUCCUGUCGCAGGUCCUAUUGCUGGAGGUUUCAUAACCGAGUCACACCUGGGUUGGAGGUGGACAUCAUGGAUCACCCUGAUCAUGGCAGCGCUCUUCGGUACCAUCGGCUACGCUGUCAUUCCCGAGACUUCGGCUGCCCGAAUUCUUCAACUUCGGGCUGCAAAGCUGCGGAAAGCCACCGGUGACAGUUCGUAUUACUCCAAGGCAGACCAGCAGAAGUUGACGCUCAAUACUGUGGUCAAUGUCUAUCUACUGAGGCCGUUCAUCAUGAUUGCCCAGGAGCCUAUCCUGGCGCUUGUGACUGCGUACAUGAGCUUUCUGUAUGGUAUCGUCUAUCUGUUGUUCGAAGCUUUCCCUGUGUCGUUUCACGAAGAACGGGGUUGGUCUCUGGGUAUCUCUCAGCUUCCAUUCGGCGCCUUUAUUGUCGGCAUUACAAUGGGUGCUGGCGUCAUUGCAUACAGCACAGCUACCAACUUUACACGCUCAUUCAAGAAACACGGAAAGAGCAUUCCAGAAGAACGCCUCCCGCCAAUGAUUGUUGGCGCCAUUGCUCUGCCCAUCGGGUUGUUCUGGUUUGCAUGGACAAGUGAUACGAAUAUUGCUUGGGUGCCGCAGGUACUAUCCGUCGCACUUAUUGGUCUAGGCUGCAUGGUACCGUUCUGGCAAGGUCUGAGCUACCUCAUCGAUUGCUACGGCUUCUAUUCAAACAGUGCCAUCGCAGUCAAUACCUUCGUCAGAUCGUUCGCUGGCGCUUUUUUCCCCCUAUUCACGCAUGCAAUGUAUCGUAAGCUUGGUGUACCGUGGGCGACCAGCCUGUUGGGCUUUCUUUGUGUUGCUUUUCUGCCUGUACCGAUCCUGUUCUACGUCUACGGAGCCAGAAUACGAGCAAAGAGUAAGUGGGCACCGACAGCGCCCUGACUAGUUCGACCUCGAGAAAGCAAGCUUUUGAG